AUGAAAAAAACAGCAAUCAUUUUUUGUUUGGCUGCUGCCUUACUUUUAGUAGUUGUUUCUGCUAAUAAAAAUGAAUCCAGAUUGAGCAUUUCUCAACCACCUGAAUUAGUAGAAGCAAUUAAAAAAUUAAAUAAACGUAAAGAUAAAGAUAGUGAUGACGCCGUCAUUGAUUGCGAAUUAGCUAACUUUGGUUCUGUUUAAUACGGUACUCGUAUUGUUGGUGAAGCUCACAUUUCUGAACCAUACGAUGCUUGUGAUAAGGCUGCAGUUCAAUAAGGAGAAAAAGAGUUUUCCAGAAUCCCAUUUUUACUAGUCGAAAGAGGUAAUUGCGCCUUUGCUGAUAAGGUUUAUAAUGCUUAAGAAGCUGGUGCUCAAAUUGUCAUCAUUGUUGAUAAUGGUCAAUAAAGAGGUAAUGUCAUCAUGAUUGAUAACGGUCAUGGUAGCAACGUCCAUAUUACUUCAGUUUUCAUCACUAAGGAAUAUGGUGACAUCAUCAAGGAGUAUAUUAAAAACUAAAAGAACGUUAUGCUCUCUUUGGAACUCGUUUAAAAGAGACUCAACCACUCUUCUGUUCGUUUAUGGUUAGACCUCUCAAGCCCCUACUCUAAUAAAUUGGUUCACACUCUCUUACCAGUCAGAUAAAGAAUAGCUAAAAACGAUAUUAAAAUCUAUCCUUCAUUUGAUAUCACUAAGAAGGUUGAGAACAUUAAUAAGAAGGACUCUAACUGUAUGACAUUUUCAAGAGUCUAAUAUUGUGCUCCUGAUCCUGAUCUUCCCCAAGGUGAUGGCAUUGCAUAAAAGAAUAAUGUUGCUAGCGGUGCUGAUGUUGUUGGAGAAGCCAUUAGAUAAUUAUGUAUCCGUGAUUAGAGUGAAGAAGCCUGGUUCAAUUACUACAAUGAAUUCGGAACUUACUGCUAUUUUGCUCCUUAUGACUAUAAAAAAUGCGCUGAAGGUUCAGUGAAGAAGGUUUCCAAUCUUGAUCUCGACUAAUACAAAAAAUGUACUGAAGAUGAAACUAAAAUCUUCAGCUUGCUUGAUGUUUAAAACUAAAAUAAUCAAGAUUACAAUAUCUUUGAAUGGCCUGCUGUUACUAUCAAUGAUAUGCUCUAUCGUGGUAACUUAGAAGGUGAAUAUAUUGGUGAAGCCAUUUGCAAUUCUCUUUAUCAAAUUGAUGAAGCUUGUACAUAACUUAUUGAUCCUAACUACGUUGGACCCAACUAAGAAUCUUCCUCAUCAUCAUCAAGUCUUUUCUGGACUUUAGUUUUGGUCGCUAUUGGUUUCACUAUUGCUUUCUUCAUCACCGCUUAUGUCUUCAAGAGAAUCGCUAGAAGAGAAGUAAGUCAAGAUGUUAGCCAAAAAGUAAAUCAAAUGGUUUCUCAAUACAUUGCUUUCUACGAAUCUCGUGGUAAGAACACUGGUGACUAAUCUGAUUUAUGA